UUGAAGCCGCACGUGAUUGGUCAAUAUGCGUGGUGUUGUCGCCUCUGUGUCUGUGCUUCGUGCGCUCACUGCGCUGAGCAGAGGGGGGAGGGGCGGCAGUUACACACACAAUAGCAGCACACGAACAGGUCAAGAGAGCAGAGAGAGAGUCAGGGGAGACGAGAGAGAGUGCAAGGAGCAACACGGAGGGACAAGGACAUUCCUAAACACGACGAAAGGUAAAAAAAAAGUUAAGAAAAUGAGUGACAGCAGAAAAAGGAGUAAAAUCUGGACCCACUUUAAUUAUAUUGACAACUCAAAAGCAGAAUGUAAAGUCUGCAAGAUUAAAAUAUCCUACCGAGCUGGUUCCACAAACAACCUUCACAGGCACAUGAGAACUGUACACCCAUCAAUUCCAUUGGAGAAAAGACCAGAACCUGAACCUGAUGUUAAUGAAGGUGCCAGUGUGUCUUCUGUAACUGUUGCUGCUGCUCCUGCUGCUGCUGCUCCUGCUGCUGCUGCAGUGGCAUCAUGCAGUACAGCACCACAACACAAACCAACCACCCAGAGCUCCAUGAGACAAUUUUUGCAGAAGUCUUUGACCCCAGCAAGACAGAAGAAAAUUGAUGAGGAACUGGCUGAAAUGAUUGCACUUGAUUUUCAACCAUUUUCAGUUGUGGAGGACAAAGGUUUCAGAAAAUAUUCUCAUGCACUCAACCCAGCAUAUAACAUUCCAAGCAGGAAAACCCUCUCUCAAAAAAUCAUCCCAGGCCUGUAUGACAGAGAACGUGCUUCACUGCAAGAGAGGGUUAAUAAAGCCACAGCAGUGUGUCUAACAACUGACAGCUGGACAUCCCGAAGCACCACAUCCUUUUUGUCAGUUACAUGCCACUUUAUUGAAGAUUACAAAAUGGUGUCCUGCCUCCUGGACUGUUUUGAGUUCAGUGACAGACACACAUCUGAGAAUUUAGCAGAGGAGCUGCUCAGAGUGGCAAAAGAGUGGGAUGUGGAAAAUAAGGUGGUUGCUUGUGUUACUGACAAUGCAGCAAACAUAACCAAAGCUGUUAAAACCCUGAAAUGGACCCACCACCCAUGCCUUGCGCACACAAUUAACCUGAUUGUGAGAGAUGCUCUGAAGGUGAUGAAGCCUGCUGUGGACAAAGUCAAGGCAAUAGUGGAAUUUUUCCACAGGAGCACAACAGCCACACACAGGCUCAAAUCAAGACAACGACAGAUGGACAUGCCUGAGCUGAAGCUCAAACAAGAUUGUGUGACAAGGUGGAACUCCACCUUUCAUAUGAUAAAACGGAUUCUGGAGUCCAAGGAUGCAGUCAUCUCUACCCUGGCUGUUAUCAAUGCACCAGUCAAUCCUCUGAGCCAAGAGGAAUGGGACAUACUGCAGGAGGCAUGCACUGUUCUGGAGCCAUUUGAGGAGGUUACUGUGGAGAUCAGUGCAGACAGCUAUGUUACAGCCUCCAAAAUGUUAAUCCUGUGCAGGGGUCUUCAGAGAGUGACAGCUCAGAACCAGACCAGCGUAACCACAGCAAAUGUGAAAGAGCUAGUGGAUGCUCUCUGUGCAUCCAUGGACAGAAAGUUCCAUAGAAUGGAAUAUAACACUGUUCUGUCAGAAACCACCAUUCUGGAUCCGAGAUUCAAGAAGCUGGCCUUUAAUGACACUAAAGCAGUUGAUGAAGCUAUUCAGAGAAUAACUGCAGCAGCAGCAAGGUUCAGCCAGCCAACUCCACUUCCAGGGGGCCAAGAGGGAGCAGAGGAUGAGCAAGAGGGGCCACAAGCAUCUGCUGUUUGGAGGUUCUUUGAAGAAAGAGCAAGUGAAGACACUACAAGAAGGAAGCCUUCAGCAAAUGCAGUACUGGAAGUGAGAUCCUACCUUGAGGAGCCCCUUUUCCAGACAAGUGCAGAUCCACUAAGCUGGUGGGAAAACAAGGCUUCAUUUUACCCACGCCUCGCACAUGUGAUGACACGGAGACUGUGCAUUGUUGCAACGUCAGUCCCCUCCGAAAGAAUCUUCUCUAAAACAGGGCAGAUCAUGACCGACAGAAGAAGCCGAAUCAGUCCCUCAAAGCUGAGGCACUUGGUGUUUCUGAAUGCCAAUCUUCAUUAGACAGGUUAUUUGGAUGCUGAUCUUUUUCUUUUUGUUUUACAUUUUUUCAUUUAUAUUUUGUUGUGUUGUGUGUUUUUCAGAGAUUUUGUAUUGAUUAAAAGUUGAACUGUGAAUAGUUAAAAGUUUGUUCAGUUUUAGUUUAUUUAUUGUAGUACUGAAGAGUUAAGAUUUUUAAUUUAUAUUUUGUUGUGUUGUGUUUUUCAGAGAUUCUGUAUUGAUUAAAAGUUGAACUGUGAAUAGUUAAAAGUUUGUUCAGUUUUAGUUUUUUUAUUAUUAUUUAUUGUAGCACUGAAGAGUAAAUAUUGUUAAUUUAUAUUUUGUUG